AUGGACUCUCUAGCAAAAUCUGUCAACCAAUUUGCUCUGGAGCUUAGCAAAAAGCUAGCUGAAUCUGCUGAGGGUAAAAAUAUCUUUUUUUCUCCCUGGGGCAUCUCAACCUCCUUGGCCAUGGUGUAUUUGGGCACCAAAGGCACCACUGCAGCCCAAAUGUCCCGGGUUCUUCACUUUAGCAGAGACCAGGACAGCAAAUCUUGUCCUGACAGUUUUGAAAAGAAAAAGAAAAUGGAAUUCAACGUAGGCAAGGUUGAAGAAAUACACUCUAAUUUCCAGACACUUAUCUCAGAAAUCAACAAUCCCAGCAAUGCUUGCAUACUUAAAACAGCCAACAGGAUCUAUGGGGAGAAAACUUAUCCAUUUCACAAUAAAUAUAUACAAGACAUGAAAACAUACUUUGGUGCAGAGCCACAGUCUGUGAACUUUGCGGAAGCCUCUGACCAGAUCAGAAAGGAGAUCAACUCUUGGGUUGAAAGCCAGACUGAAGGAAAAAUCCUGAAUCUCCUACCUGAUAGUGCUGUGGAUUCUGUAACCAGAAUGGUUCUGGUAAAUGCCGUUUACUUUAAAGGAAUUUGGGAACAUCAAUUCUUGGCCCAAAAUACCACAGAAAAGCCUUUCAGAAUAAACAAGACUACAAGCAAACCAGUGCAAAUGAUGUCCAUGAAAGAAAAACUUCAAGUAUUUUACAUAGAAAAGCCACAAGCCAAAGGCCUUCAACUCUUCUAUGAGAGCCAUGACCUCAGCCUACUCAUACUACUGCCGGAAGACAGCAGUGGGCUGGAUCAGCUGGAAAAAGCCAUCACCUAUGAGAAGUUGAGUGAGUGGACCAGCGCAGACAUGAUGCAGUUGAGUGACGUGCAGCUGCAUCUUCCCAAGUUCAAGCUGGAAGAGACGUAUGAUCUCCAGUCAACCCUGAGCAGUAUGGGGAUGAGUGAUGCCUUUAACCCGAGCAAAGCAGAUUUCUCAGGAAUGUCUACGGAGAGAAACUUAUUUUUGUCCAAAGUUUUCCAUAAGUCUUUUGUGGAAAUAAAUGAACAAGGUACAGAGGCCGCAGCUGGUACUGGGAGUGAGGUGAGUGUUCGAAUUAACCUCCCCUCCAUUGAAUUCAAUGCAGACCACCCGUUCCUCUUCUUCAUCAGGCACAACAAAACCAAUAGCAUUCUGUUUUACGGGAGAUUCUGCUCCCCUUAA